CCAUCGAGGUACGAUGCACUUCUGGCUAGGGGUGACCAUUAGUGACCACGCAGGGGCGGUGCCUGUAGAAUCGCUUCUGCUGAAGUGGAGAGGCUUUGGUUUAAAAACUGCGCGACUGACGUCACGUCGCUGGAUAUGUCGGCGGGCACCUUGGAGUACGAUGACUUUUGUUUUACUAUGUUCACUGCGAACGUCGAUUGAGGCCCAGAAUUUUACGUCUUUUGAUAAUCGGCGGUUGACUGGAUUUCAUGAAGAGUGAAUAAAGACGCGGAUGUUUGUUUCGAGGGCGGUUCUAUGUUUAGAGGGCUGUCACGUCACUUAUUGAGGACCCCCUGUCCCUCAUUUAGGUGUUAGCCAAUGCAUGUGGGAAGCGCUUCGGUUUUCGUCGACUUCGAGGCACGUGCAGUGCAAUAUCGCUGUUCUUAUCACGUAGUUUGUUCUGAAGUUAGGAGCGGUAGAAGUAAAUGAUAAAAAGAAAAUGCGAGGGGAUCUUUGUGGGUGACCUUGGUACCGUCGCAUGGUCUGUUUGUGACAUUGGACGGACGGAAAUGUACCAAAAAUCAUCCAAGUUACCGUCGGGCGGCGUCCGCUGCGGUGGAAGGGGAAAAAAGAAACGCCUCCACAGUAUCCAAGUUGCAGAACGGCGUUCCUUUUCUUUUGUUUCGACCGUGCGUCUCAUCGUCGUUCUAUGUACGAGGUUCUAUAAAAGGCUUGUUUUUGUUUUUUUUUCUUUUUCGGACGACGUUUGGAAGGACGUUGAAAUGGGUUUACGUGAAACCUAAGAGCCGUCGGAAAGCCUUCCUCGUCGACGAAAUGGUUGGGGAAAGCUAGGGCGCGCGUGUGCAACGCUGUAAAUGGUGCCCGUAUAUCACACUCGGCACUGUCACUUUGUUUCUCGAGUUAUGGGGCGAAUGUAUCUCUUAAUCUCAGGCAGCCUGCUAUCGGAGCGGAGCCAUUAAAAAAAAAAAAAAAAAAGAUGAACACGUAACCCGUGAGCUGCUCUCCGAUAUGGCGUCGUCCGGGUGUUGUCCCUGCCUCGGCCGCGGAGGACGCUGUUGCGUGGAGGCAUGGCCGCUUCGCCGUAAUGGGAGCGGCUGCUCGCAAGCCAGUGCCGCCCGCCUGCUCUUUUUCGUCGCUUCUCAAAUCGAUCCUCCUUGGCCCUUGCAAUGCCUUGGUCUCGACAUAUGAAGCCGGCCGUUGAAACUUUUUCUUCCCUUUCAGUUGCAUUUCUUUGUCGGCAAUCGCUGCAGCUGCACACUUGCGACGCGAGAAAAGGCGCAAAGUGGGGUGGGAGCCUGAGACAAUGGACAACAUCCAUAGUCUGGACCCACGAAAACAAGAAUUGCUGGAGGCUAGGUUUCUGGGGAAUCGGCAACUGUGCAACAACCUGGGUCCGGGCGGUGCCUACCUGGGUCAGACAUCGCAGUCCUCUUCUGGUGGUGCGAUGGCAGUGGCGGCGGCAGCCGCGGGAGUAAGCGGGCCCCUGGCGGGUGUGCCGGCUUCCCAGCUGCUGGUCCACGUGUCCUCCUCGGGCAGCUCAAACAACACCAACCACAACCAGGACUCAAACAUGAGCAACACCAGUCUUGGAUCACAGCACUCCGACAAGGAACUUGAGCCUCAGACACCAGAAAAGCACCUUCGGACACCUCCCCAGUCAGAGCGAAAAAGGAAACGGAUGAAAGAGGAUGCUGCUACAGCUGCAGUAAAAGGAGCUCGAACAACAUGUCCCGACAACCCAAAGAAAAUAAAUGAAUACUUUAAGAACCAGGGGCAUAGCCCCAGCCGCUUUGGAGGGGCCAGGUCGCCUGUCCCUCAGGGCUACUGCCUGGGUGGCAGUCCACUCAUUGGAUCCCCGCUGACGUCUGCACUCAACAAUGUUGAUUAUGCGGGGCUCAUGGCACCACCUCAGAGGCCUGCUCAAACGAUGAUGCGGCAGGUCCAGACAGAUCUCACCAUCAACAAGAUCAAAGAGCUGGAGAGCAAAUCGGCCAUGGACCUGGAAAUGAGGGACAACCGGAUAGAUGAACUCCAAAGAGGUAGUGAAGAGCUGCGGCGGCAAAUUCAGGGACAGCAGAAACUAAUACAGAAACAAGAGGAGCAACUCCUCAAGUGUAUAGAUGUUACAAAGCAACUUCUUAUAGAAAAGUCGGCAAUGGAAAAGAAACAAUCUCGGCAGAAAUGCAUGCAGAACAGGCUAAGGCUAGGGCAAUUUGUGACGCAGCGGCAAGGGGCAUCAUUUGUUGAAAACUGGGUAGACGGCUACGCUUUCAACGAUCUUUUGAGGAAGCAGGAGCAGAUCACGUCAGAACGGGAAGAAAUUGAACGGCAACGAAAGUUGCUCUGCAAGAAGAAGCCCUUGACAGGGCAGCCUAAAGGCAAGGGGGCAGGGGCAUCCAAUAAUGGGGCUGGUGCAGCCUCCAGUGCGCUGGCCAAUGGAGAGUUUGUGAAGCCAGAGUCUCCGAAAGACCUCGCGCUGCUACGGCUGACCUGGUAUGAGUACUAUGAGCAGGAGGAAAUUCUGAAGCUGCGCCAGGUGUCGCUGAAAAAGGAGGACACUGAUCUGCAGCUUGAGCUGGAGAAACUGGAGCGGGAGCGGAACCUGCACAUCAGGGAGCUCAAGCGCAUACACAAUGAGGACCAGUCCAGGUUUAACAACCAUCCAGUCCUAAACGAGAGGUAUCUGCUACUAAUCUUGUUGGGUAAAGGUGGCUUCAGUGAAGUACACAAGGCGUUUGAUCUUAAGGAGCAGAGGUAUGUGGCCUGCAAAAUUCAUCAGCUAAACAAAGACUGGAAGGAUGACAAGAAAGCAAACUACAUCAAGCAUGCAUUAAGAGAGUACAACAUUCACAAGUCCUUAGACCAUCCCAGGGUUGUAAAGCUUUAUGACGUCUUCGAAAUAGACCCUAAUUCAUUAGCGUCUCUUGCACAGGGGACCUCUCACAUUAUGUCAUCUGCUUUGUGUCGUUUGAGCAGCUUCUGCACAGUGCUGGAGUACUGUGAUGGGCACGACCUGGACUUCUACCUCAAGCAGCACAAGUGCAUUCCAGAACGAGAGGCACGCUGCAUCGUCAUGCAGGUGGUGCAUGCCCUCAAGUACCUCAAUGAAAUCAAGCCUCCCAUCAUACACUAUGACCUCAAGCCAGGCAACAUCCUCUUGGGAAGCGGUAGCCUAAGUGGAGAGAUCAAGAUCACAGACUUUGGUCUCAGCAAGAUCAUGGAUGAUGACAACUACAGCCCUGAAUAUGGAAUGGACCUAACUUCACAGGGUGCUGGUACCUAUUGGUACUUGCCACCUGAGUGUUUUGUAGUGGGCAAGACACCACCCAAAAUCUCUUCCAAAGUUGAUGUCUGGAGUGUGGGUGUCAUCUUCUAUCAGUGCCUCUAUGGCAAAAAGCCUUUUGGGCACAACCAGUCUCAGGCAACAAUACUGGAAGAAAACACAAUCCUGAAAGCAACGGAUGUGGAGUUUCCUGCAAAGCCUGCUGUCAGUAAUGAGGCUAAGCAUUUCAUCCGCCGCUGCUUGCAGUACCGCAAGGAAGACCGCAUUGACGUGUUCAGCUUGUCCAAUGAGGAGUACCUGAAACCGAACUAUUCAAAACAUGGGCGGCAGGCCAGUGCUUCAGACAAGUCGUAGCCACCGCUGGGGGCCUAAGAAACACCUUUGAAACUAGCUCGAACUGAGAUGGAGCAUAUAAAAAAAGAAGCACAGCGGGAACACAUUGGGCAAGUGCGUUGCCAUCACCACCGUCACCACCACCAGACGAGAGCAAAACCAAAACGGCGACGGUUGUGCACUGCUCCUGGAGCAGCCCCCCCGGCAGUUUGUUGUUGCUGUUGUUCCGGGGGAAGAGCACUUCCUGCCUGCGUGACCAGGCAGGGACGGUGUGUGUUCCUUGUCACGGCAGUGAGGCGAAUGACGUGAGACAUGUGCCGCAGCCACGGAAGAAUGUUUGACACUGUAUAUUAGCGGAGGAAGGGAACAUGUGGACUGGACUGGUGACAGCGUGUCCUUGCUUCCUCCCUCCCUACACCACCUUCCCUCUGGCAUCGUAUUCUCUCUCGCUGCUUGUGUGCUCGCUCGCCCGGCGCUACCUACGCCGGUGAUGUGUGUGCGUGCAUGUGUGUGAAUAGGCGUGUAUCAAUGAGGGGAUUUGCCUCCUCUUUCUGUACAACUUCUUCCCCCCCCCCCACGUGUCUAAUUUCCCUUCUCUCUUUUUUCUCCCAUCUUCGCUGUCAUGAGAUACGUGCUGCCAGCUACUUGCAGUGACUGUGAGUUGUGCCGAGUAAGAUUGAUAGACCGACCAUUCCACUGUGCUUAGUGGAAUAUCUUCUGACCCCAACCCUCUCCCUCGACUUCUGUUAACUGUUGGCACUUCAACAUUUGUCUCUUUCUGCCCGAGUGUCCUGCCUUUAUUUUUAUUUUUUCCCCUAUAACCGAUGACCUAGCAGAACUUACUACAGUGCAAUUACUAUUGAAGAGGAAUGGCUAUCAUGUUUGGAGAAAAGCAUCUGCUAAAGAUAUUGUUCCCUGUAAAUGCACUUUUUUUUCCCGUUAAUGACAACCAAGGCACAUAGCUGAAAAAUUAUCUUGUGGUUGGUAAUUAAUGCAAAUAAUUGCAUGUAGGCAAACAGCAAAACAAGGAAUUCGACAAUACCCCACUUGUUUUGAGAGAUGGCUACAUUAUCCUUCUGGUGUCAUCAGAUGAACCCAGUCUCUUGACAAGUCGGUCAUUUCAUCGCAUGAUUUCUUGGUGUUGCCAGUUCAUCAGUACAGUAGUAGCAUCAUGUGUCAUUCAUAUGUAGUGAUAAUUCAUUACUAAAGUGUGUUUUCUCUUUUUCUAUUCGUGUGCAGACAAUGAAGUGUUCCUCAAAAAUCAAACAGAAAAAUGUGGCCUUAACACGCUGUGUUAUUCCAUUGCACAGAGCUAUGCCUUUUAUUAGACCUGAAAUGUAAAGCAUUUUCUGUUAUGUGUCUACCUGUUUCUUUUUUUGUUCCUUACUGCAAUGUCUUGCUCAGUGUGCUUUGCAGUUCGUUUUUAAAAAGCAGGAUCAACAUUACAGAAGUUGAAAACCAGUGUCAGUGUCGGUCUUGCAAAGACGCCACAAUUACCUUCAUUGUUGUAACUUGCCAGACGCACAGCGCCCUGUGCUGAGAUUAAGAUAAGCCCCCUUCUUGAACAAAUCUUAGGUAGUGUAGGGUCUUUGUUGUAUGCAUGUUUUUUUUUUUUUUUUUUUCUUUCAUCACGAGAAUGACCCAUCAGGAAUUUCGACAUGGGGGUUCUUGCUUCUAUCAUGACUGUGGAGGCACAUGAAAUGCCUCCUUCCAAUAUUUUUUUGUUCCCCUAUCUUCUAGCAUCUAGAAUGCUGGCACUUCUGCGUGGAACCUUGUAAUGCCCUGUUGGCUGAACAUGCUGUUUGCAAACCGCGUACUAGUGGCCCAUCCCACGAGCUCCUUAAUUUUUUUUUUCUUUUUUCUUUUAGAAGUUCUGCGAGUGUGUAAUUGUGGGUGUGAAAAGUGUUGUAAAUGUGUUCUGUUCUCUUUGUAGCACUUUUCUAUUCUUUUCCUUCUUUAGUUUUGCAUGUACAGGAAUCUAGUGAGGGCUGGUGGACACAUUAGUUUUUAUGUGUUUCUUGAGAGAAUGACACGUUAAAAGACGUUGCAUAGCAGGGGAAUUUAUUCUUUGUGCAUUCAAAGAUUCGUACCCUUAUUGCAGAAGUCUUACCUGUUUUUCUUUUUCUUCCCUCGCAUGGGGAACAAUGCAAACUUGUUGGUUAAAUCUAUUGGACAGACUAGAAUGCUUCUUCUUGUUUGAAGGGGCUGUAUCCUUUUAGCGAUUUACAUUUUUUAAAGAAACUUUUCACCUGUCUCUCUCUGUUUUUUUUUUUUGUGAUGAGUCAACUCGGGGAGCACACUUUCUAGUCAAGCCCCUCUGUCUUUUAUUCCCCCCCUUCCCCCCCCUCAUGCCCUCUACACACUAGUAGUUGAUAUAUACACAAUAUGAACAGAGGCACAUCUUGCCCAUGUCUGUACUACUACUCUGUGAUGACUUACUAUACUGCCGGUAGAAAUGUCUCGGCACAAGCUGUAAUGCUGUCGAGGUUACGGAGCUCUUGGGAUGGACUGGCCAGAGAGCAUGUGGAUCAUGACCAUCAUCAUCACUACCAGUAUCAUCAGCUGCCUUCACCUUCCUCCUUUUUGUUCUGCCAAGUUGCAGCAGAGGAAACAAAGAGACUUUCUGUUAAUAGUUUGUUUUCAUUUUUUCCCCCUGCUCUCCAGUGUGAGUGCUGCAUCACAGGCAGGCUCGUGGGAGUUGCAGAAACAUGUUAGUUCUCCUUCAGCGUCUGCUGUUGUGCAUCGUGCACGGAUGAGAGAGAGAGAAAGGAAAAAAGGGGGGGAUGGAGAAAGUGCUUCGUUAAGAAGUGUGUACAAAGCGGUGUGUGUGUGUGUGCGUGCGUGUGUGUGCAAGCUGUUCCCACCUACUCUUCUUCCUCCUCCUGUGUCCCUUCUUUCCGAUUUGGGCUUGUUGGUACAUAACAGAGACAUUUUUAAAGAAAAAAGUGAAACAAGCAGGGCCGGACAAAUGGACUGCUUAGUGUUGCUGCUUUGACUGCUUGAAGACUGAUGGCUGCUACUGCUGUCACCAUCGUGAUGAUGCCAAGGGCAUGCCAAGUGUUUUUGUUGGGAGUGGAAGGACUUUAGCCAACACAGAAGCAACCAUCUCCAAAAUUCGUCUGUGGGGAUGUUUCUGUGUUUAUUUAUUUUUAAGUUUUGCCCAGUAAAAACAAGGAAAAAAAAAAAGAAAGAUGCUGAACCAA